UUGCGCGGAAGCCAGACUGUGAUUUAGUCAGCAACUCGUGGAAAUAUAAAGUUUUUUCAUAUUAUAUUAAUACAUUUAUAUAUUUUCCUCUUCAUUUCAUUGUAUUGUAUUCAUGUAUACCCAUUGAUACAUACAUAUAUACAAUAUCGGAGUAGUUGCGUAUAAGUUCAGUAUUGGAAUAAUUUGAACUCUUUUUUAUUAAAAAUCUCAUUAAUUAGCGAUAAUUAGAUAAAUAAUUAAUAAUAAAACAUUAAUUUUUAAAAAAUGAUUAUAAGGAAACGUGGUCUGUGAUAUUUACGUUAAAGACUUUUUUUUUUUUAUCUUUUUUUUUUUUUUUUUUAAAAACUCCCGAGUCAUAACCUAGUCGCGUUUUAUUUAGUGACACGUACUCUUGUGUCAAUUAUAAUUAUUCGCGAGUUAAUGAACACAAACUUCUGAGGGAGAUAAUAAAUCAGUAAUUAAUAAAGAGAGGAAAAAAAAUAAUAGAGAUGGAAGACGCCCACUGUAAAACUGUGGACGAGGUGUUGAACUACUUCAACUGUGAUCCGGAAAAAGGAUUAUCACCAGACCAGGUUAAGAGGAACCAGGAAAAAUAUGGUCUCAAUGAAUUGCCGGCUGAGGAGGGUAAAAGUAUUUGGCAACUUGUUUUGGAACAAUUCGAUGAUCUUUUAGUUAAGAUUUUACUGUUAGCUGCUAUUAUUUCUUUCGUAUUAGCUUUAUUUGAAGAGCAUGAUGACGCGUUCACAGCAUUCGUGGAGCCCUUCGUCAUCUUACUUAUCCUUAUCGCGAACGCCGUGGUCGGUGUGUGGCAAGAACGUAAUGCCGAGUCGGCCAUCGAAGCUCUCAAAGAGUACGAGCCAGAGAUGGGAAAAGUUGUCCGUGGGGACAAAUCUGGAGUCCAGCGGAUUCGCGCCAAGGAAAUCGUACCCGGUGACAUCGUUGAGGUGUCGGUGGGUGACAAGAUUCCUGCUGAUAUUCGUCUGAUUAAAAUUUACUCGACAACUCUCAGGAUCGAUCAGUCUAUCUUGACUGGAGAGUCGGUGUCAGUAAUAAAACACACUGACGCUAUUCCCGACCCCCGAGCCGUCAACCAGGACAAAAAGAACAUCUUGUUCUCCGGAACCAACGUUGCCGCAGGUAAAGCCCGUGGUGUCGUAAUGGGAACUGGUCUUAACACCGCCAUCGGUAAAAUCCGUACGGAAAUGUCUGAGACUGAAGAAAUCAAGACUCCCCUGCAACAGAAAUUGGACGAGUUCGGUGAACAAUUGUCUAAAGUCAUCACCGUUAUCUGUAUCGCCGUAUGGGCCAUCAACAUCGGUCACUUCAACGACCCAGCUCACGGAGGUUCCUGGAUCAAGGGCGCCAUCUACUACUUCAAGAUCGCCGUAGCUUUGGCCGUCGCUGCUAUCCCCGAAGGUCUUCCCGCCGUAAUCACGACUUGUCUGGCUCUCGGUACCCGUCGUAUGGCCAAGAAGAACGCUAUCGUACGAUCACUUCCCUCUGUCGAAACUCUAGGAUGUACAUCAGUCAUCUGCUCCGACAAAACCGGUACUCUGACCACCAACCAAAUGUCCGUCAGCCGCAUGUUCGUCUUCGAGAGGAUCGAGGGUAACGACAGCAACUUCAACGAGUUCGAAAUCACCGGAUCCACUUACGAGCCCAUCGGUGAUGUCUAUCUCAAAGGCCAGAAGGUAAAGGGAGCCGACUUUGAAGCCCUCCACGAGCUCGGAACAAUCUGCAUCAUGUGUAACGACUCCGCCAUCGAUUUCAACGAAUUCAAACAGGCCUUCGAGAAAGUAGGUGAGGCCACUGAGACUGCCCUGAUCGUUCUUGCCGAGAAAAUAAACCCCUUCGGCGUACCCAAGACUGGAUUGGACAGACGUACCGCUGCCAUCGUCGUCCGACAAGACAUUGAAACAAAAUGGAAGAAAGAAUUCACUCUGGAAUUCUCCCGGGACCGUAAAUCCAUGUCAUCUUACUGUGUCCCACUCAAACCCUCAAAACUUGGAACCGGACCUAAGCUCUUCUGCAAAGGAGCACCUGAAGGAGUACUCGAAAGAUGUACGCACGCACGUGUUGGUACCAGCAAAGUUCCCCUCACUUCAACCCUCAAGAAUCGCAUCCUCGAUCUCACUCGCCAAUACGGUACUGGACGCGACACUCUCCGUUGUCUGGCUCUCGCUACUGCUGACCACCCAAUGAAACCCGACGAAAUGGACCUUGGAGACUCGACCAAAUUCCAUCUCUACGAAAGAGACCUCACAUUCAUUGGAGUCGUCGGUAUGUUGGAUCCCCCACGUAAAGAAGUUUUCGACUCUAUUGUUCGAUGCCGAGCCGCUGGUAUCCGUGUCAUCGUCAUCACUGGUGACAACAAAGCCACCGCAGAAGCCAUCUGCAGACGUAUUGGAGUCUUCGGUGAAGAUGAAGACACCACCGGCAAAUCUUACUCUGGUCGUGAGUUCGACGACUUGCCUAUUGCCCAACAAAGAGAAGCUUGCUCACGUGCCCGGCUAUUCUCACGUGUCGAACCUGCUCACAAAUCAAAGAUCGUUGAGUACUUGCAGAGCAUGAAUGAAAUUUCAGCUAUGACUGGUGAUGGUGUAAACGAUGCACCUGCAUUGAAAAAAGCCGAAAUCGGUAUCGCCAUGGGUUCAGGUACUGCUGUAGCCAAAUCAGCAUCAGAGAUGGUACUUGCUGAUGAUAAUUUCUCGUCCAUUGUUGCUGCUGUUGAGGAGGGUCGUGCUAUUUACAAUAACAUGAAACAAUUCAUUCGUUAUCUUAUCUCUUCCAACAUCGGUGAAGUCGUCAGUAUUUUCUUGACUGCCGCCCUUGGUCUUCCUGAGGCCCUUAUCCCAGUCCAACUUCUCUGGGUAAAUCUCGUAACUGAUGGUCUUCCAGCCACCGCUCUUGGAUUCAACCCACCUGAUCUCGACAUCAUGGACAAGCCACCACGUAGAGCCAACGAAUCAUUGAUCUCUGGUUGGUUGUUCUUCCGUUACCUCGCUAUUGGUGGUUACGUCGGUGCUGCUACCGUUGGAUCUGCUGCCUGGUGGUUCAUGUACAGUCCUCACGGACCUCAACUUAGUUACUACCAACUGACUCAUCACUUGGCUUGCAUUGGAGGCGGUGAUGAAUUCAAAGGCGUAAACUGUAAAAUAUUCACAGACCCUCACCCCAUGACAAUGGCAUUGUCUGUACUUGUAACUAUUGAAAUGUUGAACGCAAUGAACAGUUUGUCUGAGAACCAGUCAUUGAUCACCAUGCCCCCAUGGUCGAAUAUGUGGCUCAUUGCCUCCAUGGCACUUUCAUUCACACUUCACUUCGUCAUUCUUUACGUUGAAGUUCUUUCGUCUGUGUUCCAAGUAACUCCCUUGUCUGGAGACGAGUGGAUAACAGUAAUGAAGUUCUCCAUACCAGUGGUGCUGCUCGACGAGACCCUCAAGUUCAUUGCUAGAAAAAUAACUGAUGUUUCGCCACCAGUGAAACCAACGCAGUAAUCAACGCCAGGAUAAUUAUUGCGAGGGAGUAGAAAAAUAAAAUUUUAAAAAUAACAUUAAAAAAAAUCUAAAAUAAAAUAAAAUAAAAACGAAAAUGUAAUUUAUAAAAAGCAUGUAUAUAAGAUAAUAAACUGGAGAAAAUGGAUAAAUGUCGAGGAGGAAAGACACCUGGUAAACAAGCUGUUGGAGAUAGGAUGACUCUGUAACUCUGAAGAUGGGAGAAAUAAAUAAAAUAGAAUAACGAGUUAAAUGUAUGUGUGUCUGAGUAAACGAGAAAACGAGUUGGAGAAAAGCGAGACGAAAAUUUCUAUUCCUAGUGACCGAUUACUUCAUUCUGGAGCUGUCUCUCCGCACCGCUCCUUUAUAUAUACUUAUAUAUCUAUGUAUAUAAAUAUAUAUACUUGUGCUCCAGUGCAGGCAGGAACGGGAAUUUUAAAAUCACCCGGAAAAGGAGAUUGGAAUAUUAGUAGAAUGAUAGAAAUAAAAUUGAAUAAAGUCAAAAAUAAUAAUAAUAAUAAUUUUAAUAAUAAUAAGAGGAUACUUUUAUUGAUAUAAUGCCCGAGAUUUCAUCUUGGAACCUCGGCUGUAGUAAAUAAAUCCAGUGUUACGUUUAUAAAGUGAAUUACUUUUUAAAAAAGACAUCGAAUUUAAAUCAGUGACUUUUUUUUUUUUUAUUUAUUUACUCACAAGUUAAUAAAUAAUUUUUAAAAUUUAAUUAACUGUUAAUUAUUUAUAAAAUUACUUAUUAAAAGUAUUAAUUGUAAUUAAUAAUCAAUAAUUAAUUACGAUUAAUACGGAAAAAUAAAUACUAAUUAACUGAGAUAAUAUUAAGACACUAAUCAAGACAUGUGCGAACCAAAAGUACUAUUUCGGUCAGUUCUGUUACUGCUUUUAAUCUGGCCCAGGAUACCCGGGCUUAAAAUAAAAAAGCAAAUAAAAACUGAGGUCAUUAACGUUGCCGCAAUUAUACUCUCAUUGGGCGUGUGAAUGACAACGGCUGUUGCCGAAAACAAAACAACAAGAACAACAGGAUACUGAAAGUGGCUGCGUAUGAUCCUGAAGGCCAUUAUUUAGCUGCUAACAGACCAACACCAUAGAGCUUACGGAGAAGCUUAACUAAUAUAUAGUAAUACCCGAAAGCUUAAACAAACAACAGCCUUGUUCAACAACUCACAUCUUCAAGACUCUUGUCUCUACAAACCUAAUUUCGAUCCACUGUAAAAAUCCGGGUUUGAAUUUAAAUAAAAUCCAUUACUUCAAAUUCACUCCCGAUUUUUUACAGCUAACUGAUUAAUAUCCAAACAAUGCCUUUGUCUAGAUUUGUUACUUAUUCCACCUUUUAAUCUCUGACUUUCUAUUUCUCUAUUCUUCUUUACUCUACUCUACUUUAUUCUAUUCUUCUCUAUUCUAAUUAAUUAAUUUCUUCUUUAAUUUUAAUCAUUAAUUAAUAAACAAUUUCAUUUAAACAAAACUCUAACCCCUCUUCUAUUGAUCACCCGGCAUUUUGUUUAACCCAGCCGCCAUCUUGUUAUUUAUUUUUUAACGUUGAAUUGUUGGUAAAGUAUGUACGAGUGCGUUCAUGUCUUGCGAGGUGAUUUUUAAAUAAUAUUUAUUAAAAAAAAAACAAAAUAUGAAAGUAAUACUCGAGGUUUUCGUCUACAGAGAGGUGUUUUAUUGUUAAAAAUAAAUAUAAAAUUGUAUAUAUAAUUAUGAUAUUAAUAAUUUAUUAUUGACUAUUGAUUAUUAAUAUUAUUAAUUGAAUUAUUGUAUGACGGGAUGUAUAGACAAAAAUUUAAUGCCGUCAUAAUUAUUACGAAUUGUAACAAAUUAUAAUUAUUAUAUUAAUUAUUUAUUAUUUAAAAUAAAAAUUAUAAAUUUAUAAAUCUUGUUAUGUCAUGUAUGAUAUGGUCUAUCGCCAUUAUUUACUUAUACUUAUAUUUAUUAUAGAUUUUAAAUGCUGAGCGUAAAUUAAGGGCCAGAGCGAGAAGAAUUUUUGACUAAUUUUGAAUUUUUUUAAUUAAAUUUUGUAGAAUUUCGGUUAAUUUGAGGUUAGAAUCUAAUGAUAAAUAGAAAUUUUCACUAGAAGUGACCUGCAGCGCCAUCAAGUAUUAAUUUGGUGCAAAAAUUUUUAACAAGUUGACAAUCUAAAAAUUUGGACCAAAAUUUAAUUGAAAAAUUAUUUCUACUGAUAAAUUUAUUUUUUCAAUCAUUAAUUUGGUGUAAUUAUGAGACUAGAAUAUUUUCUUACUCAAAAAUUGUGAGUACGAGUGAUCAGUAUUGGGUCAGUGAAGUACAAAAUCGAGGUUAGGAAAUUUUCACCGAAUUUAUAUGAAUUAAUAAGGUCUAAAAUUUAAAUAUUUUGAUAAAAAUUCCAUUGAAAAAUUUCCCGCCAAAUUAACUUUUAAAUUUCGAAAUUUGGUGAUAAUUAUUUAAAUUUUUUCUGUCCGGUAUGAACUUGGCCCACAGAGAGAAUGAACUUCGAAGUUCCCCCACUACUGAACAUUUCUAAACUGCGCAUGCGUUUGGAAAAGUGGGGGGGGGAUAUUUAGUAGAGAAAAUACCUGAGUUACACUCGUAAUUACGUGAUAUCGAUAUAUAUUUAGGACAAUCAGUAAAAUUAAAAUAAAAUAAUUGAUAAUUUGAAUUUCCAGUCGCAUAAUUAUUCUCGCUCAGUUAUAUUUUUUCUUUAUUUAAUUUUUUUUGGGUAAAUCGUAAUAUUAAGAAACGAAAUUUAUUCUAAAAAUAAUU